UUGUACACACCCCCCGGCGCACCACGUGGGCGUGAAGCUAAACUGCAGGGGGGCGGGGUGUUAGGCUGACUGUCUAACCCUAUUGGCUGUUGCUGCUGCCGGGACUCGCGAGAAAUUUCUCUGAUUGGUCAGCACGGGGCGGGGGCGUCGAGGUCUGAGUUCUAAUGCUUCUGAUUGGUUAUUUGAGGUAAGCUAGUGAGGCGCGUUCCUCCGCAAGGGGUUUUGAUUGGUCGGCCGGAGGGGUUAUCUGGGAUUCGGCCACCACCCCCCGGGGCCGGGGACUUUGAUAGGAUUGAGGAAGGUUUGUGUUCUCCGAAACCUUGGGAGCUGUCAUAGCUAAAGAGAAGGAAAUCUCAGUCUCCUGGAGGGGGGUCACCCCUCUAAAAAGAUAGCUACCGCCCCGUUUCUGGAAACUCUGGUAUUUCUAGAGCAGGAUUUGCUUUCCACCAAACCCAAGUUGGUGACGGGAGGAGCCCCUGCACAGGACCGGAAGAUGCUGUAACCAGAAGAUGGGGUCGAGGAACAGCAGCAGCGCGGGGUCUGGAUCCUUAGAACCCUCCGAGGGCUUGUCCCGAAGAGGGGCUGGCCUGCGUCGGAGUGAGGAAGAGGAGGAGGAGGAUGAAGAUGUGGAUCUGGCCCAGGUACUGGCCUAUCUCCUCCGCAGAGGCCAAGUGAGGCUGGUGCAAGGAGGAGGAGCAGCAAAUUUACAACUCAUCCAGGCCCUCUCAGACUCAGAAGAAGAGCAUGACAGCGCCUGGGACGGUCGCCUUGGAGACCGAUACAACCCACCUGUGGAUUCAGCCCCUGACACUCGGGAACUGGAAUACAAUGAGAUCAAAACACAGGUGGAGUUGGCCACCGGGAGGCUAGGACUCAGGAGGGCUGCCCAGGAGCAAAGCUUCCCUCAAAUGUUACACCAGAGAGAACGGGGCCUCUGCCACCGGGGAAGCUUCUCCCUUGGAGAACAGUCUCGAGUGAUGUCUCACUUCUUGCCCAAUGACCUGAGCUUCACUGAUACCUACUCUCAGAAGGCUUUCUGCGGCAUCUACAGCAAAGAUGGUCAGAUCUUCAUGUCUGCCUGCCAAGAUCAGACAAUCCGACUGUACGACUGUCGGUAUGGCCGCUUCCACAAGUUCAAAAGCAUCAAGGCCCGGGAUGUCGGCUGGAGUGUCCUGGACGUGGCCUUCACUCCCGAUGGCAACCACUUCCUGUACUCCAGCUGGUCCGAUUACAUUCAUAUCUGCAACAUCUAUGGGGAAGGAGACACACAUACUGCCCUGGACCUGAGGCCAGAAGAACGUCGCUUUGCUGUCUUCUCCAUCGCUGUCUCCUCAGAUGGGCGAGAAGUGCUAGGAGGAGCCAAUGAUGGCUGCCUGUAUGUCUUUGACCGAGAACAAAACCGACGUACUCUUCAGAUUGAGUCUCAUGAGGAUGAUGUGAAUGCAGUGGCCUUUGCUGACAUAAGCUCCCAAAUCCUCUUCUCUGGGGGAGAUGAUGCCAUCUGCAAAGUGUGGGAUCGACGCACCAUGAGGGAGGAUGAUCCCAAGCCUGUGGGUGCACUGGCUGGACACCAGGAUGGCAUCACCUUUAUCGACAGCAAGGGUGAUGCCCGGUAUCUCAUCUCCAACUCCAAAGACCAGACCAUUAAGCUUUGGGAUAUCAGACGCUUUUCUAGCAGAGAAGGCAUGGAAGCAUCACGCCAGGCUGCCACACAGCAAAACUGGGACUAUCGCUGGCAGCAGGUACCUAAGAAAGCCUGGAAGAAGCUGAGGCUCCCCGGCGACAGCUCCUUGAUGACCUACCGAGGCCAUGGCGUGCUGCACACCCUUAUUCGCUGCCGCUUCUCCCCAGCCCACAGCACCGGCCAGCAGUUCAUCUACAGCGGCUGCUCAACUGGCAAAGUGGUUGUAUAUGACCUCCUAAGCGGUCACAUUGUGAAGAAGCUGACCAACCACAAGGCCUGCGUACGUGAUGUCAGCUGGCACCCCUUUGAAGAGAAGAUCGUCAGCAGUUCGUGGGAUGGGAACCUGCGUCUGUGGCAGUACCGCCAGGCCGAGUACUUCCAGGAUGACAUGCCAGAGUCUGAGAAAUGUUCCAGUGCCCCCACUCCGGUGCCCUGCCCAUCCGUGGCCUUUUCCUCACCUCAGUAGAUCUGACCUCCGGUUCUGCAGAGGGUGUCUUCUCGGCACAUUCUCUGCUUCCUCCUCCCUUUCCCCUUCUGGGGAAUACGUGGAGGAACUGCUGACGUUGAGGCAGGAGAAACAGAAGGCCAGAGGCUGAGCCAUGCUGAGCCUCUGUUACCCACCCCUCAGUUGGGCCUAGUGGUUUCCUCAUGCAUACACACCCAGUCUGUUUGGGUUUCUAUCUCUAGCCAGAGUAUGGCAGGGCAUCCAUUAUCUGGGAUGCCGCUUCUGCCAAUAAGACAGUUGUCCUGAGUGUUUUUAAUCAUGUUCUGAUCUUACGUAUCGGCUCAUAGUCUAGACACCUGAAGGUCUGAAUAGACCCAUCAGCAGUGCCCUUUGCCCAGGUCUUCACACUGAGAAUUAGAUUGGCCAAUGAGGGCCAAGUAUACUGGCCUUUCUUCCUGAUGUCUUUGAGGGAGGACAGGCUGAGUAGAGGAGUUUCCUCAGCCCCCUCCUGGGGUGGGAACUAUGUCUGCUCUCACACUUGGACUUGGAAGUGAGGAGACUACAGUCUGAGGGGUAGGAGUCUCCGGAACUGCAUAUGGCCCUACUCGCCACUGGAUCCUGUCAUAGCUGGUGACCAGCAGCUUCAACAAGGGGUUAAACAGGACUUCUUUCAUCUUGUCACUGGCUUCAGCUCUCCCAAUAAACUGUCUGUGGGAAACUG